AUGGGGUUUGGAGCGAUCUCCUUCCGCUCAUUAGUUCUCUUUGAAAAGAGUUCUUUCAACAUGGGCUUAGCCCAAGCCGGUGAGGAGAGAUUAUUGGAACUAAAGGAAUUGAAGGGACUUUGCUUGGAAGCUUAUGAGAACUCAAAAGUGUACAAGGAAAAGUCGAAAUUAAUACAUGAUAAGGGUCUCUUGAGGAAGGAAUUUCGAGUUGGACAGAAAGUGUUGCUCUUGAAUCCAAUGCUAUCACUUAUGCCCGGUAAACUAAAAUCUAAAUGGCUUGGUCCUUUUGAGGUUAUUAACUUGUUUCCUUAUGGUGUAGUGGAGAUUAGGAGUCCGGAGACAGGGAAGGAGUUCAAAGUGAACAGGCACCACCUUAAAAUUUUCAAUGAAGGAAAAGUCAACGUUGUUUGCUCGAGAUUCACAUUGACUCUGAAGGAACUCUAA